UUUAAACUUCCGGUCAUGCGCAUCUCCUACACAUUUGAUGUCAAUUUACCCAAUAUGGCGUCUUGAGGGAAGGAACACAACAACACAGAGGAAGAACUUAGCUACGCUGUGUAUAUAUAUAUAAAAUGGAAGAAAUGUGCUUCUCUAGAUUCUGCUUGUACUACUUCCUUAUUGCUGUAUCAUUAAAGACUUGCUGGUCAAAAGAAAGUGAUUGUCCUCCAAUUAAUAUUAUUAAUGCCAAAGUACACACAUACUCCCUUGACUCCCUGGAGGCUAGUGUAGAGUGUGAUGAAGGCUACAGUUUAUUUGGCUCUAACAAGUUAUUAUGUACCAGUGGAGAGUGGCAGCCUGCCACCCUACCCCACUGUGUCAGGAAAUUACCUGCAAUUUUGGCUUGCUCAAAUCCAACAUUUAGUCAUGCCAAAGUCACAAUGGACCACUCAAAGAAAUCAGCCGAGGUUCACUGCGACAGUCAAUACAGUAUAAAAUUUCAUGAGCAGUCUCUCAGCUCACUGAAGAUUGUUUGUAGCCAGGAUUUACGUUGGGUCACGGUCCAGGGUUGGUCCGACAUUCCAGACUGCACAAGUGACAUAGAAUGUCCUCCCCCUCCAGAGGUGAGGCAUGCUCGUAUGAUUGAACGCGUCAAUAGCUGGACCCCGUAUACACAGGACACACCUGUCACGUACACGUGUGACACGGGAUACCAACAGUUAUCUAGGGGCUCCUAUGAUGACUACCUCUUUACUCCGUUUUACACUCUCCACUGCUCCGGAGGGAAAUGGGUUGGAGCUAGACCAGUGUGCUUGAAGAUACCAGGCUGUGACAGACCCCAGGAUGUGACCAAUGGUAAAUGGACUGUCAUACCUGGGAUGAAUGACCUGGUAAUGAGAGAGAACCAGGGCACCUAUCCUAUAGGCACACAUGUCAAGUAUUACUGUAUUAACUCCAAAAUCAGAGGAGCUGAUGAAAUGGAGUGUCGCACUAAUGAACUGUGGUCUCAAAUGCCACCCAUCUGUAUGAACACUGGGGCUCGAUCAGAUCCCUGCUCCAAGUUACCAAUGGUCCCUAACGGUCAGUGUACAUGUAACAGCCACGCAUCUGACCCUGACCAAUGUAGACAACUUGGAUCUAUGGUGGAGUGUACCUGUAUUGAUGGGUUCCGACUCGCUGGGGAAGAUCAACUUAGCUGUGUCCGAAAUAGUCAGGGACAGAAUAACUGGAGUGCAAGCAUACCAACAUGUGUUCCUUCAGACCAGUCCAUUCAGACGGCAGACAAAGACAUGGAUGAUGGAGGUGGCCAUAUGAACACACUGGCCAUUGUCAUUGCCACCGCAUGUAGUGUGUUGGGUGUGUUGUUACUGGUCAUGGUGGUGAUGGUGUUCCGACGUAGAAAGCCACAGGGACGUCUGUAUCCACAGGUAGGGGGCACACCACCCCCAUACUCCCGCGUCUAUAACAACACCAUAGACGAACACGACAGAGUGGCUUUGAUUGGUUAUGAGGCAGCAAGACUGCCAUCAUAUGAAGAGGCUACAAGGUCAAGGUCAUUAGGACCGAGCAGGUCUGUAAGGGAAAUAGCAGAAGAUUGUGUGUCAUCUGCUGCCGAUUACAGACCCCUACCAAACAUUCCCUCCAGUCUGCGUAACAAUAGCCAGGCAGACACAGUAAGUAGCAGACAUUCCAUCAACACCAUGAGUACAGUCAACAGGGACGGUAUAUCGGAGGUGUUUGGUUCUAUAGACACUGUCAAUGUGAGUAUCAGUGAUGCCUCCACAUCCGUCACCGUGGAUACGAUGGACAGUGUUACUGUGGAUACGCUGGACAGUGUUACCUCGCGACCUUCCAAUGCCUCGGGCCGAGCUACUGCUGGCAGUUUGGAGACAUCAAGAGAGAAUCUGUCUACAGAAGAUGCCCCACUUCUGGACAACAGAACAGAAGAGGAAUCUGACAAUGAAGAUAUUGAAAUACAAAUAGACGAGGACAACAAGGAAAUGCCCCGUGCUAGAGUGCACGUGAGAGCUCUUCAGUCAUCGGAGGUAAGAUUACUUGAUGACAUGGCGGUCAAACAAAUUCUGUUUGUGUUUGCAUGCAUCGUUUUAAGUAACCAUGCAGACCAGUCGUGCGGAAUUGCAAAUGUUCAAGUGGAAAACGAAGACGGUACUACUCAGGUGUUUGAAGUGAAGCGUCUCGAGCCGGUGAAAGGCGAAUCGUGCAGUCUAUGUUCUUUGAAGCCCGUCAACUCUGUACCACGGUUGACAGCACUUGGGUCCAAUGUUUUCCUGGCAGUGGGUGAAGUCGUCUCCCAGUGUGAUGAUACCAAUGCUGAUCUACCUGAAGGCCUUUGUUCAUCCUUCAAGGAUACUGGCCAUUGUUCUAAGGAUUCUGUCUGCAACCAUGAACCUGAGGAUCUUGCAGAUGUAAUUGUGAAGAAAGGUUUUGUGCCCAUGGCAACUGGAGAUGUGGAAACUGAUAAAAAACUGGCUUUAGGGAUAGUUUUGAUGAACUCCGGAAGUCUUGAGGAUUCAAUCAAGGUCCUGUUGAGUGUAAUUAAGGAGAAACCCAAUACGUUGGCAGCCUACUACAUCCUGGGAGUCGCUCAUGUGAGGAGAGGUGUCAAGGAGAGAGGUAAUGCUGUAAGUGCCAUGCGAGACUUUACUGAGGCUAUAAAAAGAAGUACCACACAGUUUGAACCAUACGCCAGACGGGCAGAGCUACACUUGGCAUUGAAGGAUUAUGAUGAGGCCCUGAGGGACCUUAUUAGGGCAGAAGAGUUUCACCCUGACAGUAAAGUAUACUUCAUGAGGGGAAUCAUUCACCUGCUACUGGAGAAUUUUGUUGAGGCUGAAGACGAUUUUAAAAUGAAUUUAAACAGUGAGGAUCACCUAUACCUAGCAUCUUAUUAUCACCUGGGUCUGACUCUGUACUACAGGGGUAAAAUUAGGAAUGCCAUUGAAGUUUUCAAAGAAGUUUUAAAGAUAAAACCUGAUUUUGUGGAUGCGUCUACAAGUUUAGCACAAGCUUUCAGAGAGUUGGGUAAUUUGCGGGCUUCCCGUAGUAAGUUCAACCAUUCCCUGAACCUUAACCCUACCCACAGUCAGACCCUCCAGCUGAGAGGAAAUAUGCUUUACCACAGCGGGGAGACAGUGAAGGCUGCCCAGGAUUUCAAAAAAUGUCUAGAAUUAGACUCAGAAAACAUCAACUGUCAGUACAUGUUAGCUUUGUGUGAUGCAGCAGUGGGCAGGUUCUAUGACAGUGUCAAGUCUACAACAAAAGUUAUGGUGAAAAAUUCAAAUGUAAUAAGAGCUUCACCAGAAUUUUUAAAAGCACAUUAUCUAAGAGAAUAUGUACGGUAUCUACAUUCCCACUUGGAUCAACCAAUCCAGGACCUAAGGCUUGAUGAAGAUUUAUCAGAGGAAUUCCGAGACCACUGGGCCAAACUUUUACCAUUCCAGUUCCGAAAUGCAUAUAAAGAGCAGCCAGGUUUACAACCAGAUAUAAAAGAUGUGGUACCUGCACUGGUUAAACAAUACCCUAGUAAUAUACAGAAUUUAAUAUGUAAAGCUGAUAAGAUAGGGAUGUUAACCCAGGUGAAUACAGAUGGAUAUACCCCAAACAGAAAACUUAACAUAGCCAUGGGAUUGGCAUCAAUACAUAUAUCACAAAUUUUAGAGGCGAGAUGGAAAGGAUUACGUCAAAACAAACAAAUGGAUCGGUCAUUAACAUGGAGAGAGAUAUUUGAUGUUGCUGUGAAGUAUCGUCGUCUGGUAGACCCAGAACAGGCAGUAUUGUGGCUGGACACCAUGCCUGAUCAUACCACUGAUGGGUAUAGGACAGAUAUCAGCUUUAUCAGGGGUUCUGUUUUUAAUGUUAAAGUGUUGCAGUACUUUGACCUGGUGUUUAAGUUAGGCAAGACCAUGUUGGAACACUUUUCUGGGGAAGGAACAGUAACAUAUUCCGGCUUAAAAGAAGACAUAGAAAAAGCUAAAACUUGUGAAGAUUUACUAGAUAUUGCUAAAAAAAGACAGAUAAAUCAGCAGGGAUUCCUAGUGGCCACACAAGUACCGAGCAGUAGACGUGAUAACAAGGAGGAUGACCGACUCGAUGGCGCCAUGCUUGUUCUCACAAGAGACAUAAACCACAAAGUUUUAUUUUCUAUGAAUGUGAUGAAUAGACAUGAAAGGACGAUGGCAUACCAUGCUGAGCUUGACUCUGUGUUUAAUCAGCUCCAGGAGGAAAUCAAGAGAACGGGAGUCACAAAAGUUACGGAUGUUGACUCCGUGCUGAAUAUCAUUCUGACUUUGGCCUACUACUUCUACAAUCUGAUGCCUCUGUCCCGAGGAUCAAGUGCUGUUGCCUAUUCUGUGGCUUUGGGAGUGAUCAUGUCUAUUGGAAGGCAAGUCACAGGCAAAAUGCCUAAUGGCAAGUUACUGGAGAUGGAAGCCAUGCUGUCUGGGGCACCAGAUGUUUUUAUACUCAUGUCUAAACAAUGGAUGAAUAUUAAACGGUUGAAUAUUCCAACGUCCUUGUUACCAAAGGUAUACGAGGCCUUCCCCACCACAAGGAAUGUGAUCGAGGUUUUAAAUGUUAACACAGAUUUCUGCCAGUAGUCGUAUAUAUACCAACCAAAAUAACAAUACCAUUCCUUAACUGAAUUGCAGCACCUUUUGUUAAUACUGAAAACUGUUAUUUGUUGAUUUUGCAGUGAAUGAUUAAUUUGUUAAUUGAUGUGCAUUAAUUGGUUUUUUUUUAUUAUUAUUGUGUGUUUCUUUAAUUUGUCCAUGAUUUAUAUAUGUAAUGUUUACUUAGUAUUGGAAAUAGGAGAGGGGUGAAGAGUUUCUAAGAAAGAAAUUUGAAUAGUCCUGUAUAUAAUGGUAGUCACCAAACAACAGAAACCUGUAUUAUUUUACACCACAAAACUUCUUAAUUUCCUCUUAAAAAAUAAAGAUAUAACAUAUAUAUGUAUGAAUAAUCAAAACUAUGUAUAAAUAUUUGUUCAUACAGAAAGUAUGUAGACUUGUUGACACUUGCCCCUGGAAUCUGAGAUUGAUUGUAUGUUAAUUGUUUACAUAUGUGUAGAUCAAUACAAAAACAAAAGGGGACUAAAGGAAAACACAAUAAAAAAACACCCCUUAUAUUAUAUGGUCUCUUUAUUUGUUUGUUGAAAUAUGAAGGUUCAAAUGCUAGUAAAUAUCAUCUUUAAAGUUUGUAACUACUAAUGCAAAAACAGAAUUCAUUUUUGUUGGCAUUAUAAUCUAAUAUUAUCUCACCAUUAUAUAGAAAUGAGCCAGUUUACAGUGGUUUAUGGCCAAGGUUGUGUACAAGGUGAUGAUGUCAGGGUCGAAAGUAUGCUCUUAACUGUGGAUCACCAAUUAACUCUGGAUUUUUUAAUUCGUUUUAUUUUGUAAUAUUUGAUAUAAAUUAUUUGAUAUUUCGAGGUAACCUCUCCCAAGUGUGUAAGAAAUAGAGCAAAACAGAGUCUGUAUCAUAACUAUUAAUUUUACUGAUAUUUUAAUGAACCAAGGGACUUCAAUUUAGGAAAAUUAAUGAUCAACAUUUCCCAAUAAUUUCAUACUUAAUUCAGUAAUUAUUUCUGUAAUGGUAUAUUUGCAAGGAUCAGCAAUGAUGCUGGCAAGAAAAGCAGUUUUAAUUAAAAUAUGUUUAAAGCAUUGGAAUUGAAAUUUACUAUUACCAAAUAUGUACUAGUUAUAUGGGAGAUUAAAUCGAAAUUAAAGUAGUAGAUUGGCAAGAUAAAAUAUUUUAUAGGGUGUUGUAGUCAACAUUGAUCUAAAUUUACCCGGAGAUAUCAAUGCAGAAAGAAAAUGUGCAAGAUCCCCAGAUAAAUUGAAUGAAGGAGUGUCCGAGACAUUAACAGUUUGUCUAAGAGAAAUGUCUGCGGGAGAGUUUGGUGAAUUCCCCAGACAGGUUUGUUCCAUACUGAUAGCACCAGAUGACAUUGACACUUAAUUAAAUAAAAAAAAAUAUAUUUAAUAGAUUUAAAAGCAUUAAAGGGGCAUUCCUUUGUUCGCACAUCAGAAACAUAGAAAAUUUCUAUUGAUGAAAUCUGUGUCCAAACAAUUAUAUUAUGAGUGUUUGUGCCUACAUGUAAUGAAAUGUACAGGAAACAGGCUUAUCAUAUACAAAUACUGUAUGUCUUUGUGGUAAUUUGUGAUACUCUGGGUCAAAUUAAGAAUUUUCAGAACUUAAUACUCAAAGAACUUAAGUUUAUUUUGAGAGUAAAACUGCCUUAUUAAUGUAAAGAUUACAACUUUUGCUGCUUGGAAAAAAUAUAUAUUUUCCAAUAAGUUUGAUUUUGAUGACCUAAACUUUAUUAAAACGAAGGAAUGCCCAGUUAAUUGUCUUAGGAUUAGAAGAUACCUGGAAUUCAGUUUAAAUUUUAGUGUUGUUAGCUCACCUGGACCAAACAAUCAAGGUGAACUUAUGCCAUACUGUGGCAUCUGUCGUCUUCUUAACCACAGAUUUGAAAGUAACUGAAUUUGACUAUCAUUAUGUGUUGGGGAUUAAAAACUUCAAAGGACAGGGCUGAUCCACAGGGGGCUAAGGGUUGGGGCCAAAAAAUGACUUCUCUCUACAGCAAUGCCUUGUAUAUCACUCAUAUUUACUGGAAGCAUCUCUGGUUGGUGGGAAUUCAACAUUGUACAAAUGGUAGGGCUAACCCCUAACGGCCUGUGGGGCAGGGCCAAAUAGGGGAAAUAUUGCAGUCUUUAAAACCUUUUUUUCUGUAGGACUUAAGGAUUUGGUCCAAAAUUUAUCUGUAGAAUCUUUUGUGGGAAGAGAAUGCAUUUUGCUUUAAAGGUGUUUCCGGCACCUUUGGAGAAUGAAGAUGGCCCAAGAGCAGCCAAUUCUUAUCAAAAAUCAUUCUUUUGAUGUGGUAAUGACAGGAUUUUGUCUAAAUUUGGUCUGAAUCAUCCUUGGGUGAAGGAGAUCUAAUUUCCCUAAUGAACCACGGAUCUGGUUUCCCAUGGGUUGGAGAGACUGGGCCUUAAAGAGAUAUUAGAGGUAAACCAUUUAAAGUACAUUGUACUUAUUUUGAAUGUACAUUGUACUUAUUUUGAAUGGCCUGAUGGAAUUUUUAUCAAACUGGUCUGGAGGAUUUUUGCAGGUAGGUUAUUCAAUGUUGUAUAAAAGGAGGGACAGGCACCCAAGGAUUUGGAGACCCUAUAGUGGAAAAGAGGAGUUUCUUUGAAAGGGAUAAAGGGAUUUUUAAACAAAUUUGGUCUAAAGCAUACUUUAUGUAAUAUCAAUAGAGAAUACUUAACUUAAAAGUCUAUUCCCUACAGAGGCAGAGGAGCCAAGCCCAAUAAAGGAUGUCAAAAUUGGUUAUUAGUAAUGACUGCCUUUCAACAUAAUUUGCUUUAAAUCUUGAUUGGAAACUGCUGAAAGCCAAAUGUUAGCUAAAUAGAAAGGUGUUAACUUUAAUGAAUGGUAAUGAGGACAGACUCAAAACUGGGAAUAGUAUUUGAAACAUAACUUAAGUGAGUGAUUUGCCGUAAUCACUGAAAUAUCCAAUGAACGAUAUCCAGUGAACGAUACAGGCCCUAUGGACAUUUUGAUUUGAAUAUCAGCAUUACAGUAUUUGUUUUUGUUUACAUAAUGAGCUGUGAAUUUGUAUUUAAACCUAGAAACCAGGGACUUCAUGUUACACUUUGAGCUCAGUUAUAUUAUGAUUUCGUGUAUUUUGUGUUUAAGAAUUAUUUUGCUUGAUGACCUCUAGAUUGGAUAUUGACCUUGAAGUGCCAAUACUUAACCUAUGCACGAUUUGUUCUUGUAGUGAUAGCAAGACAUUGUUUUAUACGAAUACAAAUUUUAUAUGAAUAGUCAAAUACUGAUUUCAACGAUUAAAAACUACCUCCGUAUAAUAAUGAC